GUGUAGGUGAGCACGAGUUGUAGUAUUGUUAUUAAUUACAGUAGUUAGACUAUGAUGGUGUUGUUUCAUUAUCUGUGACUGUUGAAGUUUUAUAUCAUCACCUUAUAUGUGACAGACAACACCUGUAUUAAUGAUUAGCUACAUCGGUAAUGAAUCGGUUGAGUCGUGGUUGUUGUCUGUUAGGGCGGAGAUCUUGGUCCAUCAUGAGUAAACAGCCUGUGAGCACCUCCAGCUAUGCCAUGGUGAUGGCCAUAGAAGACCUGGAGAAGAACCCUUACUUUGAGAAGUAUGCUGGCAAGAUCGCCAUGUUGCAGAAAGAAUCUCCAGAAGAAUUCCUAGAGAAAUUUGCUAAGCAUAAAGAAUUAAAGAAGAGUCAGCCAGGUGGUCACGGGUUUACUGAAGUAGCUAAGAAAUCUAAAGAGACCACAUCUAAAGGUGCUUAUGGCUUCACUCCCCAGAAGAAACUUGAAAGUGUAAUGAAGAUGGACCUCCUGAAGGACAAACACAAUGAUGAAAUUAAAUAUAUUUGGACAGAACAUUUCCGACACAAAGAUGCUGUGAGUGCAGUUAUUCCUGCUGCCACAUAUGAUAAACUACAUGAAACAGCUCUUAAGUAUACAACAUUCCUUUUCCCACUACCAAGAGAUAAAGGCUACGAGUUUAUUGUUGCACAGUUUGCUGCUCAUGAGGUGCAUUUCACUUCUCUCAUAAACUAUCAGGCACACCGAGAGGACGCUCCAGAGUGUCUCACAUUGGUACACUAUCCGGACCUCAAGGAAGAACGAGGUAUUGUCUUCAUGCAUGGCGAUUAUGACAAAAACACAAUCAAUGCCUUUGAAGCUCAGUUCCUGGUGAAUCAGCUUCAGCUUUACUAUGGCGGAGGAAACAAGACCAAGACUGCUCUAUUGCAAAAGUUCCAUGAGGCCCCGGAACAGUUCAAGCACAUGGAACUUGUUGAUCAGCUGGAGAAACUGGACCUGAGUGUGUUGUCUCCCCAAGAUAAAAAAUGAAUAAUAGAUAUUGGGAAAACUGUAGGAUUAUGAUCUUUGUAGUUUUUUAAAUAUUAACUAUUUAAUGGCAGCCGUUAUUAGUGGAAGUUAGCUGAAGGGAUGGCAAUCAUCAUCAAUUGAAGUCAGCUGUAGAGACAUCAGCCAUCAUCAGUGGAAGUUAGCUGUAGAGAUGGCAGCCAUCAUCAGUGGAAGUUAGCUGUAGGGAUGGCUGUAGGGGAAGUCCUUAGCCACCAUGGGUUGGUUGAGGAUAUGAUCAGGUGUGUGUUCAGAAACUUUUGUCUAUUGUCUUCACUUGUGUUCCAUUUUCCUCACUGUUAUUUCUCCUUUUCUUUGAAGUUUUUCUUUUCCUUUGAUCCACCCCACACAGGAGUGAGGAGAAGUACCGGGGUAACAAUGAUAAAAAAAGAACUAAUAAUAAUAAUAAUUUUUUUAGAUAAAUCUUGCAAUGGAUAAAUGGGACUUUUGUAAUUAUUUAAAAUUUGGUGAACAACCUGAGGUAAAUUUUCAAGUAUAAUUUAUUUUGUAUUAAUGGAACUUUCACACCAGAGGACAGACUCUUGUACUAAAACAAUACAGAUUCAGCAUCUUUUAUGUGUUCUUACACUAUGAGCACAAGAUGUGGUCUGUCCAUGUAGUGUAGUGUAUGUAUUAUGUGAAUAAUUACAUGAUUGUAUAAACUGUAUAUAGAUAAACCUGUUUACCGGUACUAUUAUUUAAUAAAGUGUUGAAAAUUAAGUGGAGGGCUGAGAGUUUUGUAAAUAUUUUGUAAUUAUUGUUAUGUAAGUAAAGGGUAAGUACUGUA